AUGAUUUCGCCCCUGCUUGAAAAAUUGACCAGUGACGAGACAGUGAAAACUGGUAGCGGCCGUUCGCUUGACUUGGUCACAGUGGACACAGACUCGGAGUUCGACCUAGCACUAAGAUACAAGGUACGGGCGCUGCCAACAGUCAUAGCGUUCAAGGAUGGCCAGAAGGUUGAUCAGUUUGUUGGAGCCCUGAACGAAAGUGGCAUUCGCCAAUUCAUAGCCAAGUUGUAG